GAUAGUUGCUCGAAUGGUGUGUGUAUGUAUGGUCGACUACUUACUAUAUUAUCACCCACCUUUCUCUCCCUACAAUGUUUCUACCGUAACAGACACGAAGCCAGUUCACUUGGAGGGCGCAUUUGCAUGCAUUUGCAUUGUCAGCCUACCUAUGUUCUACUAAUGAUAUUCGAACAUGCGUUCCAAUCCUCUCGCACGUUGCGAUUUCAUAUGCCUGCGAGCGAACCUCGACCAGAGGUAUACGAAACUCAAUGGAAGGAUACUAGGAUUGACGAAUUAAUGACACCUACUCUCUUUCCGUACGCAAUUGCUGCAGUAUGCACAAGAUGGCGAGAAAUCAUGUCGACAGUUCCAGAGUUCUGGACGCGUGUCGUUAUUAUCGCCGUUCCUCAUGUAGGCUCGGAAACAUUUCAGUCGCCAACCCAUGCGCACUCGUAUUUUGAGUGGUCACGCGAUCUCAUUUUGGACGUCACUAUCAUUGAUACCAGCGCGAGGGGGUUACCUCUGGAGGAGAACCUGAUGACACAUCAGGACUCGAGAAAGCUGGUGUAGCUGCAGGAUCCAAGUGUCUUGUUCUCCAUAUUAAGAGGUGCAAAACAAUCAGGUAUUCCGUUGAUAAAAGCUCUUCUCUUCCAUACCUUGUCAAGCAUUUAUUUGGUGUCGCGUCGAAGCUCUCGAACCUUCAUCUCGACUGUAGAGUUGACAACGGAGGUGACGCUAUAAAACCG